AAAUUAAUGAUUGAUAACAAUUUCUUUUCCAGAUCUGAUUCAUUGUACGAAUGAACCUAAUGUUUCAAUACCACAGCUAGCUAAUCUUCUUGUUGAGCGAUCACAAAAUACCAAUUGGACCGUUGUUUUUAAAGCACUCAUCACUGUACAUCAUUUACUUUGUUAUGGAAAUGAGAGAUUUACACAAUACCUAGCUUCAAGUAACAGUACUUUUCAGCUUAAUAACUUUUUAGAUAAAAGUGGUGUUCAAGGGUACGAUAUGUCACCAUUUAUCAGGCGGUAUGCAAAAUAUUUAAAUGAAAAAGCCAUGUCUUACAGAAGUGUGGCCUUUGAUUUUUGCAAAGUCAAAAGAGGAAAAGAAGAUAGCACUCUGCGUAAUAUGAAUGCAGAAAAACUAUUGAAAACUCUUCCAGCACUGCAAGCACAAUUAGAUAGUCUUUUAGAGUUUGAUUGCACCGCAAAUGACCUUACAAAUGGUGUUAUAAGUAUGGCAUUCAUGCUCCUUUUCCGAGAUUUAAUACGUCUUUUUGCUGGAUAUAAUGAUGGCAUAAUCAAUCUAUUAGAAAAGUAUUUUGAUAUGAAUAAGAAACAGUGUCGAGAUGCAUUAGAUUUAUAUAAGAAAUUUCUCAUACGGAUGGAUCGUGUCGGUGAAUUUCUAAAAGUGGCAGAGGUAAUGUCUGAAUCAUUAACAAAUAAAUCUAAAGGAGUGAUAACUGAAAGAGUAUGA